AUGGCACUUUUUGAAACUCUUUUUGUUCAUCUUUUAUAUUGUGACUUUUCUCCUCUGGUACGUAAUUGCAUGAGAGAUAUGAAGGUGGGCCAGCAGGCUUUCUUUUACCACAGUAACUGCAAAGAGCCAGGUGUUGCUGGCCUCAUGAAGAUUGCAAAGGAGGCUUAUGUGGACCAUACACAAUUUGACAAGAAAGCCACACAUUAUGACCACUCCAGCAAAGCAGACAACCCUAAAUGGAGUAUGGUGGAUGUUCAGUUCGAAAGGAUGACCCAAACCGUUUUCAUUCCUCUGACUGAGCUGAAGAAAUAUCACUUACAGAACAAAGCUAAAAGUGGACGCUUAAAGGAUCUGGCCCCUCUCUUCACCAGAGCCAGACUAUCAGUUCAGCCUCUCACUGCAGGUUAGGAAUUUGACUUUGUCCUGAGUUUGGAGAAUGGAGAUCCAAUACGUAUCCUUCAGAUCACUUAA